AAAAUAAUAGGUUAGGUUCAAUUUCAGGAUUAAAGUUUUUGUUGAGGUUGAACUUCAUCUUCAAGGAUUUGAGGACAAAUUACUUCUUGAAACUACUACAUAUUUGUAAUAAAUAUUUUAAAGCAGUGACUAAAAGAUGGUUUUAAACUAUUAUAAAAAGUCUUUGAUUAAGAAUUUGUGUAAAAUAUAAUAAUAACCUAUUAUCAAGACACUCUUCUGAAAAGCUAAAAUGGCAUCUGAAGAUGAAGUGAAAAAGUGUAAAAUAAUAAUAAUUGGAGCUGGAAUGUCUGGGCUAUCGGCUGCAACUCAUUUGGUGAAGAAUAAUAUGACAGACUUUAUCGUUUUAGAAGCUAGAAAGAGGAUUGGUGGAAGAAUUAUUUCAAUUGAAGUUGAGUCGCACCGAGUGGAGCUUGGAGCAAACUGGAUUCAUGGAGUUCUGGGAAAUCCCAUGUAUGAGAUGGCCAUGUCGCAUGGUCUCAUAGAUAUUGUAAAUAUACCAAAGCCUCAUAAAGUAGUCGCCGCCACCGAAGAUGGAAAGCAGGUCCCAUUCCAAUUGUUACAAGAAAUCUAUGAAGCCUAUUCAUGUUUUCUACACCGAUGUGAGGAAUACUUUCUAUGUCAGUACGAACCCCCAGCCGGGAUCACCAGCGUUGGAGAACAUAUAGCAUUGGAGAUGGAAAUGUACCUAGAGGGCAUGGAAGGUGAGGCGAGACGUAUUCGACGACUGAUCUUCGACUGCCUUCUGAAACGCGAGACGUGCAUCAGCGGCUGCACCUCUAUGGCCGACAUCGAUCUACUAGAGCUGGGCAGUUACACAGAGCUACAAGGUGGCAACAUCGCACUGCCGGCUGGCUACAGCUCCAUACUGGAACCGGUUUCCCGCCACCUGCCCGUCGACAGUCUGCUACUAGAUCAUGGAGUGGCCACCAUCGACUGGACCUCUUCCACAGAGACCACUCUAUCGGACAAAGUGACCACUCUGUCGGACAAAGUGACCACUCUAUCGGACAAAGUGACCACUCUAUCUGACAACGACUCUGACGACUCGGAUCGCACAGUGAUCGGUGAGAGUGAGACGCAAAGUGUCGGAGUGAGAGUGACCUGUGAGAACGGAGCAACUUUUGUGGCCGAUCACGUGAUAUGUACGAUUCCGCUCGGAGUGUUGAAAGACAGGGCUGACAAACUUUUCAAGCCGCCGCUGCCUGAAUACAAGACCGAGUCGAUCGAACGACUGCUGUUUGGCACGGUCGAUAAGAUAUUUCUGGCCUAUGAACGGCCGUUUCUCAACCCCGACAUUUCUGAGAUAAUGCUGUUGUGGGACGUGGAAGAGGACGUUGAUAAAGACGACCUGUCGCAAACGUGGUACAAGAAGAUCUACUCGUUUUCGAAGGUGAGCGAAACGCUGCUGCUCGGCUGGGUGUCAGGUCGCGAGGCCGAGUACAUGGAAUCUCUGCCGCAGCAGCAAGUGGCUGAUACGUGCACUUGCAUUCUGCGCAAGUUCCUCAACGACCCGUUCGUGCCCAAGCCGAAGCUUUGUGUCAGAACAAAAUGGUUCGGCGAGCCGAACACUCGAGGCUCGUACACAGCAAUGGCGGUUGGCGCCAGUCAGGCAGACAUCGAGAGGAUAGCCAGGCCUCUCUACGCACACACUCGUUCGCGCAAUCACCAUGCCAAGCCGUUGGUGGUGUUUGCCGGCGAACACACGCACACAAACUUCUACUCGACGGUGCACGGUGCGUUUCUGACGGGACGCAGCGCGGCGCAAACGCUGCUGAGUGCCGCAGUCGCACACGAAUCGCAGACGCAGGCGUCUGUGGAUGAAGACGAACCGACGCCGAACGUUGUAGAAUGCGACGCCGCCGAUACCACCGACCUCAGCUCCUGGAUUAGAGGCAUUGCGCUGGACUGACCCGAACAGCAGCACUCUAGUGUCUAGUCUCGUCUACGGUAGUUGCUCGACUGAACAGCACAGCGGCACUCUAAUAUCUAGUCUCGUCUACGGUAGUUGCUCGACUGACCCACUCUAAUAUCUAGUCUCGUUUACGGUGAUUGCUUGUUGAUUAAGGCUGUGCAAAGGCUAAAAAUAAACUUUUCCUCCACCUACUGGCUAA